AUGUCAUAGUUAUCUGAAUCCUCAGAAUUAUUUGUAAAUUGUGAUGAAGAAGUUACUGUAAUCUGUAAAAAGCUGCAACAAAUUCUUACUACUAUUGAUAUUCAAGAAGAUAAAAAUUUUGCAUUGAAGGAAGCACAAAGUUGUAUUGAUUCAGCAAAUGAAAAUUUAAAAUAAAUGGAAGUGGAACUAUAAGGUUAUGCAAAGAAUAUUAAAGAUAAUUUAAAAUAGUAAUUUAUUUUGCAAAAAAGAAAAUUGGAUGAAAUGAAUAAGGUUUAUACUUAAAUGAAAUCUAAGUAUGAAACUUAAACAUCCAAAGAACUCUUAUUUGGUAAGGAUUACUAAAGGUAAAAACUUCUUAAAGAGCAAGAAUAAUUAUAUGAUUAAAAUAUGAAAUUAUAAGAUGCUAAGAUGGUUAUUUAUGGAGUAGAAAAGGAAGCAAAUGACAUUUAACUUAAUCUUCGUAGACAAACAGAUAAGUUAUCUAAUAAUAUCGAAAAAUAAUAGCCUAUUAGAGAUGCAUUAAGUAAUUCAUAUGCAUUAAUUAAAACAAUGUAAAAUCGAAUAAGGAAUAACAAAUUAGUAUUAUUUGUUGUGUGUGGAAUCAUUUUAUUAGCAAUUCUAAUAAUUCUUUUUAUGCAUAUGUGA